AUGGCAUCCAAAUUGACCAUCAGCUCUACCGUCAAGCUCAACUCAGGCCAUGGGCUCCCCGUCCUUGGAUUUGGUGUUUAUCAAACACCCAAGGAGAAUGCAACCCAAGUGUGUGCUGAAGCUCUCCGCCUCGGAUACCGCCAUAUUGACUCCGCGUCUGCCUAUCGCAACCAAGGACCAUCAGCAGCAUCAAUCCCCGCUUCAGGCAUCCCACGCUCCGAAGUCUUCUUCACCACCAAAGUCCCCAUGAGCGGCAAGCCCUUAUCGUACGACAACACCCACGCCCUCGUCAACACUGCUCUCCAGGACACCAACCUCGACUACCUGGACCUCGUGCUCAUCCACUCCCCCUACGGCGGCACAGAAAACCGCCUCGGAGCAUGGAAAGCCCUAGUCGAGCUCGUCGACGCCGGCAAGAUCCGGUCCAUCGGCGUAUCCAACUACGGCGUCCACCACCUUGACGAACUAGAAGCCUACAUCAAGAAACUAGAGCAAGAGCGCGGCGGUCCAGGAAAGGGCGGCGUCAUCUCCGUCGGACAGUGGGAAGUACACCCGUGGCUGACGCGCUCAGACAUCGUGGACUGGUGCAAGCAGAGGAACAUCGCUGUCGAGGCGUACUGUCCCAUUGUGCGAGGUGAGCGCUGGGGAGAUCCCAAGGUGAAGGCCUUAGCAGACAAGUAUGGAAAGACGGAGGCGCAGAUUCUGCUGCGCUGGAGCUUGCAGAGGGGUUAUGUGCCGUUGGUGAAGAGUGUGACGCCUUCGCGUAUCGCGGAGAAUGCGGCCAUUUUCGAUUUUGAGCUGACGGAUGAGGAGGUUGAGGGUCUGGUUACUACGGAUUAUAGUCCUUGUGCUUGGGAUCCGACUGUUGAGCCGCUUGCGAAGUAG